AGGGAUGUACUUCCUGUGUCACCAUACACAUGUGGUAAACAAGCAUAUGAGUCCCUGUGGGUGCAAGCAUGGAUUUCUCAGCAAAGUGGAGUAAUUUACCUAAAGCUCCCAGUCUGAAGAACCUGACACAGGGAGGGUUUGGAGUCCUGAAGGAGACUCAACAUGCCGCCGUUCAGGAUUUAACCAAAGCUCACAUCGAGUCGUUUGACCAGGCUGUCACUGACGGACUCAGCCGCGUUGUACAGGCCAUCCCUCCCUUGGAGUUCAUGGUAAAAAAUGACAGGAUCAGCCUUUCGUUCGUCGAAGCCACGAUCUACAACCCGGUGGUCAGCAAAGGCAGCAUCUGCAGGGAGAUGAGGGUGUUUCCGGCAGAGUGCAGGGGAAGAAGAUGCUCGUACAAAGGAAAACUGGUGGCAGACGUGAGCUGGUCGGUCAACGGCGUCCCUAAAGGCAUCAUCAAACAGUCCCUGGGUCAGGUGCCGAUCAUGGUGAAGUCCAAGCUGUGUAACCUCCACGGUAUGUCGCCGAAGGAGCUCGUCGAACACCGUGAAGAAGCAGAGGAAAUGGGAGGUUAUUUCAUCGUGAACGGAAUCGAGAAGGUUAUCCGAAUGCUGAUCAUGCCGAGGAGGAACUACCCCAUCGCCAUGUCCAGACCUAAGUGGAAGAGCAGAGGCCAGGGAUACACUCAAUAUGGUAUUUCUAUGCAUUGUGUGAGGGAGGAACACACAGCCAUCAACAUGAACCUGCAUUACCUGGAAAACGGGACCGUGAUGCUGAACUUUAUCUACCAGAAAGAACUCUUCUUCCUCCCACUAGGCUUUGCCCUCAAGGCUUUAGUGGACUUCACAGACUUCCAGAUAUACCAGGAGCUGAUAAAAGGCCGCGAGGACAACUCCUUCUACAAGAGCUGUGCGUCGGAGAUGCUGCGUAUUGUCUCGGAGGAGGGCUGCACCACCCGCAGCAAGGUGCUCAACUACCUGGGAGAGCGCUUCAGGGUUAAAAUGAACCUUCCUGAGUGGUACACGAACGAGCAGUGUGCCAACUUUCUGAUGGACGAGUGCAUCUGCAUCCACCUGAAGUCAGAUGUGGAGAAGUUCUACCUGCUCUGUCUCAUGACGAGGAAGCUUUUCACGUUCGCCAAGCAGGAGUGCAUGGAGGAGAACCCUGACAGCAUCAUGUGUCAGGAGGUGCUCACUCCCGGUCAGCUCUACCUCAUGUUUUUGAAGGAGAGACUGGCUGCCUGGUUGGUGUCUGUGAAGCUGUCCUUUGACAAGAGAGGCAGCAGACUGAGUGCAGGACUGAGCCCUGAAAACAUGAUGAAGAUAUUCAACAUGGGCAGUGAUGUGACCAAAUCCUUUGAAUACCUCCUGGCCACGGGGAACCUCAACUCCAAGACAGGUCUGGGCAUGCUGCAGAACACUGGCCUGUGUGUUGUAGCCGACAAGCUCAACUUCAUCCGCUACCUCUCCCACUUCCGCUGCGUGCACAGAGGAGCGGCGUUCGCCAAGAUGAGGACCACGUCUGUUCGUAAGCUGCUGCCCGAGUCCUGGGGCUUCCUGUGUCCCGUCCACACCCCAGACGGAGAGCCCUGCGGCCUCAUGAACCACAUGACGGCCAGCUGCGAGAUUGUGGCACCAACGCUGCCCACCACAUCCCUGCCUGCUCUGCUCUGCUCGCUUGGUGUUACUCCUGUGGAUGGAUCUCCUGGUCAGCCCUUCUCAGACUGCUACCCCGUUGUCCUCGAUGGGGCUUUUGUUGGCUGGUUGGAGGCUGAAUUAGCCCCAGGCGUGGUGGAUUCACUGCGCAGGUUCAAGGUGCUCAGAGAGAAGAAGAUCCCCCCUUGGACUGAGAUCGUUCUGGUUCCCAAAACCGGGAAGGCCAGCUUGUACCCGGGCCUGUUCCUCUUCACGACACCCUGCCGUAUGAUGCGGCCCGUACGCAACUUAGCUCUCGGAAAGCAGGAGUUGAUUGGUACUUUUGAACAACUUUACAUCAACGUCGGCAUCCUGGAGGACGAGAUCGAGCCGGGAGUGACCACACACCAGGAGCUCUUCCCUCACAGCAUGCUGAGCGUGGUGGCGAACUUCAUCCCCUACUCCGACCACAACCAGAGUCCCAGGAACAUGUACCAGUGUCAGAUGGGUAAACAGACGAUGGGUUUCCCCCUGCACUCGUUCAUGGAUCGCUCCGAUAACAAGCUGUACCGGCUCCAGACCCCACAGAGCCCGCUGGUCAGGCCCUACAUGUACGACCACUACAACCUGGACAACUACCCCAGCGGCACAAACGCCAUUGUGGCUGUCAUAUCCUACACAGGCUACGACAUGGAAGAUGCUAUGAUCGUGAACAAGUCGUCGUGGGAGAGAGGCUUCGCCCACGGGAGUAUCUAUAAGACUGAGCUGGUGGAUCUGGGGGAGAAGGUGAGGGGAGAUGACAGCGUGGUGUUUGGGUUCAAACCAGGUGACCCCAAAGUGAACGGCAAGCUGGACGCCGAUGGACUGCCUCACAUCGGGUCAACGCUUCAGUACGGAGACCCGUUCUACAGCUACAUCAACCUCAACACCGGCCAGACCUUCAUCAACUACUACAAGAGCCAAGAGGCCUGUGUAGUCGACAACGUAAAGAUCUGCAGCAACGACACCGGCUCAGGCCGCUUUAAACGAGUCUGCAUCACCAUACGAAUUCCACGAAACCCCACCAUUGGAGACAAGUUCGCCAGUCGCCACGGUCAGAAGGGAAUCCUGAGCCGCCUGUGGCCGACCGAGGACAUGCCCUUCACGGAGAGCGGCAUGACUCCGGACAUCCUCUUCAACCCGCACGGCUUCCCCUCCCGCAUGACCAUCGGGAUGCUGAUCGAGAGCAUGGCCGGCAAGUCGGGUGCCCUGCACGGCCUGAGCCACGACGCCACGCCCUUCACCUUCUCCGAGGAGAACUCCGCACUGGAGUACUUCGGCGAGAUGCUCCGGGUCGGUGGCUACAACUACUACGGCACGGAGCGCCUCUACAGUGGGCUGAGUGGCCAGGAGCUGGAGGCCGACAUCUUCAUCGGAGUCGUCUACUACCAGCGGCUGCGUCACAUGGUCUCCGACAAGUUCCAGGUGAGGACCACAGGAGUGCGAGACAAGGUGACCAACCAGCCGGUGGGAGGGAGGAACGUCCAGGGAGGCAUCCGUUUUGGGGAGAUGGAGCGAGACGCGCUGCUGGCUCACGGAUCCUCCUUCCUCCUCCACGAUCGACUCUUCAACUGCUCGGACCGGUCGGUAGCUCAGGUGUGCGUCGACUGCGGCAGCCUCCUCUCACCUCUGUUGGAGAAGCCGCCGCCGUACUGGUCGGCCAUGCGCCACCGGAAGACUGUGUGCACCCUGUGCGGCAAAAGUGACUCUAUCGACUCCGUGUCUGUUCCUUAUGUCUUCCGUUAUUUUGUCGCCGAGCUCGCAGCGAUGAACAUCAAAGUCAAAUUAGACGUUAAGUGAAUUUUGCCUUUAAAUAUGACAAGGUACAAAUCAGGAAUCUGAUGAGUGAAAAGUCUGAAAAGUGUUUUAUUAUCUAAGACUUUGAGGAAAUGACUGAAAAGGAUGGAAUGAAUGUAUUGACGUGUUCUGUGGAGGUGUGUAAAAAUAACCCAAAGGCCUUUUUUGUACAGUCAUUCUUAGUGUUGAAUAAAAAUUAUGUUCUGUA